AUGCGAACGGUGCGAGUCAAAGAGGCAUGGAGCCAACGCUCACAGCCCUCAAUCUCCGGCGAUCUCCAGCCGUGGGAGAGGAAAGGCCGCAGGCUUACAGCUUACGAUGGAUACGAGGCUUACAUUGGCUCCCUGCCACCGGAGGAAAGCAGAGAUUGGAGGGUUGGGGUGUAUGAUGAUCUGGCAGACGCCGAGUUUGAGCGCCUGCUGAGGUCCAUGAGCCGCAUCCCAGACCAUGACAUUUACCCUGUCUUCGAAGCGGGCAUCACCCAGUUCGAGCCCCAGACCUCCACGCAGGACUACUUUCUAAAGCAGCCAAACAUUAGCAUCUACAGUGGAAAGGAUGACGUCGCCCAGCUGAUGCUGGCCGAGGCCUGGGCCAACCAGAGGUUUCUCGCGCACCCUCACAUCAACCUAGGCAGCUAUCUUGGUUGUGUGGUGCGCGGGGGGCGCAUCGUCAGCCUCGCUUUUCCCAAGUACGUCGGGACCCUGGCGGAUCGCGUCAGCAAGGCCCGGCAACUUGGGCCAGCCCACUUCCCGGCCGAGGAACGAGAACGCUGUAUAAACAGCAUUCAGUCUGCCGUCAGACAUCUGCACUCUCUGGGCUACGCGCAUAAUGACAUCUCCGCAUGCAACAUCAUGUUUGACAGCAGCAGUAAUGCUAUGCUCAUUGAUCUGGACUCCUGCGCUCCCAUUGGGGAGAACAUUAAAAAAGGUGGUGUUGUGGGCGGAUGGAGGGGCCCCUUCUUUUGGAAGCAAGAAUUCAAACAGUCAUCAAUCGAGUGUGAUGAACUGUCGCUUCAGUAUGUGCAAAACUGGUUGAGCAGCGAGCUUUCAGGCUACCUGGCUUGA